UCUCCUGAGUCGUGAGCCACAGCGACAGAGUUCAGCCUUCUGCAUCGCUACAAAGUGCUGGGGAGAUUAAACCCCCAAACAAAGGGAUUUAAUGGACUUUUUCUUCACUAAUAUUUUUAACUUUGUACUGCAUGACAAGAAGAUGACAAAUCUUUCAGCUGUUUUAGUUUUUUUCAUGACUGCACAGACAUUCACAGUGAUCGGGGCUCAGACGUGUCCUCGGCGAUGCCUGUGUCCUGCGGAGCUUCCCGUGUGUCUCCCCGGGGUGCCCCUUGUCCUGGACGACUGUGCCUGCUGUCUGGUUUGUGCAGGUCAGAAAGGCCAAGCAUGCUCAGAGAUGAAACCCUGUGACACAAUUAAAGGGCUGCAGUGUGAUUACUCAGUGGAUGUUCACAAGAGAACUGGCAUCUGUGCGGUCAGUGUGGGUAACGUGUGCGUUUUGGAGGGUUUAGUCUAUCAGCAUGGCCAGAUCUUCUUCCCGAGCUGUAAAUACCAGUGUGUGUGCCAGAAUGGCCAGAUAGCCUGCAUUCCUCGCUGCAACCUGGAUGUUAUGCUUCCUGGGCCCGACUGUCCAGUCCCACGCAAGGUCCAGGUUCCUGGAGAAUGCUGUGAGAAGUGGGUGUGUGAGCCCCAGACAGAAGCAAGCGCACUGGGCGGCUUUGCCAUGGCCGCCUUUCGUCAAGAAGAAACUGUAGGUUUUGGAAGCUGGGACCCCAGGCUAACCUGCAUUGAGCAGGCCACAGAGUGGGGGGCCUGCUCUGAAACAUGUGGCAUGGGGGUCUCCACCAGGGUCACAAACAAGAACAAUCACUGUGAGAUGGUGAAGCAGAGUCGGCUGUGUAUGAUUAGACCCUGUGAAGACCUGCAGGGACAAUUGACUCAGGUUGCACUAAUGCAGAGAGACAGGAGAUGCCAGAGGGUGGUGAGGAGCAACAAACCUGUUCACCUUGAGCAUGAGAACUGCACCAGUAUCCUGGCCUACAAGCCUCGCUACUGCGGCACCUGCACAGAUGGGCGCUGCUGCACCCCCCACAAAACCAAGACCACUCUGGUGAAGUUCCAGUGUCCCGACAACAGAAUCAGACGCAGGCCAGUCAUGGCAAUCCUAACCUGUGUCUGCCACACCCAUUGCCCUCAAGACAACGUUGCAUGGGAGCCAUCGCUGCUCCUGUACGGUGGCAUGACAGGAAGAUGAGUCCAGGUUGCAGCUAACGACAAAAUAUGGGCUGUGUUGAGUCCUGAGUAUUAAGAGCCAGCACAAUAUUUGAUGCUGCCGAUUAUAUAUAUAUAAAAAAGAAAAGAAAUGAGGAAAAAAAGACAGACCGGAACUAAGGCAAAAGCAAACUUUUAAAAUACAUAUUACUAAUGUUGUGGCAACUGAUGAGUCAGACUUAACUGGGCACCACAAAUCAAUUAACACUGUUUUGGUCUGUGGAAACAGUGUUAAAAAAGGGCAUCUCAUGUCAUUUUGAAGGAAUAUUUUGACCUGAAACACAAAGCGAAUCACCAUGUCUGUAUCUCUGCACGAGAGAGAUUUCAUUUUAAAUGAGUUAUAUCCUGUGGACAAAAAUAAUCAGUAUGUAUUAUUACUGAGUUCUGUAGAAGCACUUAAGCAAUGAUCUCAAAAGUGCUGCAUUGAUUUCCUAACAGAUUGUGCUUGCUAGCUGUCUUUUUAAGUUGUAUGUUUAUUUUUAAAAUAUCACUUAAAACGGUAAAGUGUAAAAAAAAAAAAAAAAAACUUCCUAUUUCUAAAAUAAAAAAAUAGUUUAUCCUGAAGGAAGAAACUACAGAUUUAAUGCACUGUAAAAUAAGCAGCAAAAUCUUGAAUCUUUAUUGAAUCUUUAUUUAUAUACUGUUAUUCACUCUGAUAAACUAGAAAGACCUUCAGAUGCAAGAUUUGUGAAAGAGGUACAAUUAUUUUCACCAAAAACUCUUUAUCUCCAGGUCGCAUAAUUGGAAUAACUGAGAUGUGCACCUUGAUAUGAAUCCCACUAGGGGCUCACCACAUGAAUGAGAGGUCACUGUUGUGUCCGACUGUCAUUUUUGACGUCUCUCUGAAAUACUACCCUUGUUGUAAAAUAAAUGUUUUUAAUAAAUGUUCACUUCUUAGAAGCAAAGAAGGAACAGUUUUUUUAUCAAUGUUAUUUUUUUUGUUUUUCAUUUGAUCUAGUUUAUUUUUCUUCUAAUAAUAAUGUACUAAUGUAUUACAAAUACUAAUGUAUUUGUGAUACAUUAGUACAUAGCUUGUUUGUGAUAACUUGUUUGACUGAGUGUAUCAAAUGCACAAUGUUAAUAAUAUAUGUUCAAUGUGGUGCUUGGUUUUAUCUUUGACUACUGUUGCUUGCUUACUCUUGUUUUUCCUAACGUUUCAAAAAUUAAAAUAAACAUCCUAGUUUAAAGAUA